CCGAGCUCUUGAUCGACUUGCUGCUCGCGCCGCUCGCUCCACGAUCAUCACCGCUCCAUCGCGGCGUCAUCGCUCCAUCGCGGCGACAUUGCCAUUUGCGGCCGCUUCUCUCCCGUCGCGGGGUACCGUGGCGUGGUAACUUGCCCUGUGGGUAAGAGCAAACCCGCUUGCCCACCCUUGACCCUCCAAUGCGAAUUAAAUGGCGGUCUUGCGUCAACAUCUUGUCACCAGGCCAGCACCGAUCGGAGCGUGCAAGCCGAGAGAGAGAGGACAGGACUGCAGGGCUGUGCAGCGCUUAAGGAGCCAGCAAGAGCAAAAGCAGGUAUCUUUCCUCCUCUCCUCCUCACAACAUCUCAGACUUGACACGACUAUGCGCCUCCCAAUCGCCCUCGCCCUCGCUACGGGCUUACUGGCCCUCACGCUCAGCAGCGUCUGCGUUAACGCCGCUGGCCUCCCGGCUCUCCCUCGCAACGUGCUGCCUCGCGAUCACGAUCACGGCUACGGGCACGGCUACAACAGCGACAAUCUCGAAUCACGUCUCACUAGGCCCUCCGCCGGAGGGCGCUCUAUGCUCAAGAACAUGGUCAACGCCCUCGCCCGCACCCUCUUCAGCACAAGCCUCACCACGCGCGGCACUAACACUACCACUGGGGCCGUUCUCCCUCCACCAGGCGGCAAUACUAACCUCGAUCCGAAGGUAGGGGGAGGAUCUCCUUCUUCCGGCGGAGGAGGACGGCGCAAGCGCACGCCAACGAGCGAGGAGGAGCGCGAGAUUUUCGACCAUGGCAAGGAUACCGUGGCCGUCGCGCAACCUCGCAGCGCCCACACGGAUGAUCUUCCUAGCGGCUCUGCUACGCACAUGGAACGCGAUGGGUCCGAGGACGAGGUCGAGACUCGUGGUGCGCCUACUCGCCCUCCUCCGCCUAACAAUCCGGCGCAGGGCAACGAGACUCUUCGUAAUCAAGGAUCGCCUGGAUGGCCCGGCGAGCGGCGCAGCGUCAACGCCCUCGAUGGAGAGGGAGACGGAGGCGGACUGCAACCUCGUGCUAAAUCCUGGGCCCCUCCCGAGAAGAACAAAGGGCCCGAGAACGAAAAACCGCCCAAGAAAAAGCAACCUCCUCGCCGUCGUGACUACGAGCACGGAGACAUGCGCCGCGGCCUGAUCGGGUAUCGACCGCCCAAGGUCAAGAAGCCCACGAACGGCUCCUCGACCAACGAAGGAGUGCACGAGCCUCGUGACGAGGUCGAGGCUCGCGGGACGAUCAACACCGGCAACGACAAAGGGCCUCCGAAGAACGCGGGCGGCAAGGUCAAGCGUGUCAACACGCAGCCUCGUGGCAGCGCCUCGGGGAGCGGCGGCCCCCCCAAGAAGGCACCUCCCACGAACGUUCACCCACCCAAUAAAGGCGGGCCUCAUCACACUCGCGACGAGACCAAGACUCGCGGAAACGAUCCUGGUCUUAAGCUUGCAAAAACGACGAAUCACUUCACGCCAACCGUAGGGCCUUCUCACCCUCCUCGUGACCAGAUCGACCUCGAGUCCGAGACGCGCAGCGAUAUCGUCAUCUCUGGCCCUCCGAAGGUGACGCCGGGCCCCGUCGACCCCGGUAAACGCAAGAGGGGCGGGAACUACGGUGCCGGUACCAAGGCAAACGGUGAAGGUGAGGGUGGACUGAGAGUCGUGCCUAGGUCCCCAAGCACUGUCGUCGAGGUGGGCGAGGUUGAGACUCGCGAGCCGCCCAACGUGUUUGGUAAGCCAGCAAUCGGGCAUCGUAGCAAGAUGGUGACCAUGGCGCGUCUCAAUGUCUUUGAUGUCGCGGUCAAGCCUGUCGAGAGCAAGAGGGGCACAUCCUACCACGCCAAGCCCGAGAGCGUCGCGCUCGGAGAAAGGGAGACGGGCAAGACCGGCAACCCAGGCAACGGGUACGGGCCUCCCAAGCACCACGGCCGCGGGGCGCUAGUCGCUCGCGGUGAUGACGAGGAGAAGAAGCCCCGGGCUAAUAAGGACUGUCCUCCCGACAAUCCCCGCUGCAUUGGUUGAGCCGUCGUCGAGGAGGCUCGUGGCGACCCCUCCUGCGACCCUCGGAUCCCGGACGGAUGCUGAGUACGUCGUGUCUGAUCGAUGCCACCCAGUGGCCUACACAAGCCGCAAC